AUGGGCAUAUACAAUCCGAAUCUGUGCAAUCUCAAUCUGGGCCAAAAUUUUAAUAGAGAAUACAAGCUCAAUCCACGCCUCAAAAUGAUUGCCAAGACGAGCGAGACUUCUACUUUGGCAGAUCCAUAUCCGGAACCAUGUACAAAGAGUUCUGUGAUUCCUACGGAAGGGCAGAACGCAAAUUAUUCACUGCCAGAGAGCAAUGCUUUCGAAAGGACACUCCAGUUCAUCUGUAGUACCGAAGGGGAUGACGAUCUGCUACGCUAUGGCGUUGCAAUAUUCGACACCGGGAGCACAUAUAAUUAUGUUACCUUGGAAUGGCUUCACAACAACCAUAUUCCAUACAUGAACUACGAAGAUGGGCCGCGCGUAGUUGCAGAGUCUAUCCAAGGCUGUCCAGUAUACGCUCUUGGAGAGAUCAAAGAUGUUCGUUUCAGCCGGUCACCGAGUCAGCGCGAAGUAUUGGACUCGGAAGGGACUGCCUUGCAUUUACUUUCUAAAUUCUGGUAUGGAGACUUUUUUGUCUUGUAUGACGGAGACGAAAAUAUUCAAAAUGGACGAGCUCAAUCAAGGUCAAUUGAGGUCAUCAUUGGGUCGGAUACGAUGAAUGAGCAUGAUCUAUACAGGCCGCAUCCUCAACUGUUGAUGACGCAAGGUUACUACAUGCAGUCUUACACCAAAUCUCCGAACUAUGAGCAGGCUCGCAAUGAGCAGGAACGCAAUGUACAGCAGAGCAGAGCUCAGAACAACGCUCGUCAUAACGCGCGAAUGGCGCAACUGGGGCAAAACGCACAAAACACGCCCAACACAUCGAACAGACAGAGCACUCAAAAUACACAAAGCACGCAAGGCCAGCAGAGCUGA